AUGAAACAGGGAGUAGACCUCAUCCUCCGGAACUCUGGUGGUUUCCCGCCGGUCGUCACCGCCGUGCUCGUGCCCCAGAGUCUCGACAUCGACGGCCGGCUCGACGUCACCCUCCAGCUGAUGCAGCUGCUGGGUCCACCUGCUGCACACGGCCCUGAUGUGCCCCGUCCGACCGCACCGGAAGCACUGCUUCCCAUAUGUGCCAAAGACUGCGAUAGGGACCGGGGCUUCUGCACCAGACCAAACGAAUGCAGGUGUCGCCCCGGCUGGCGCGGCACGCGCUGUGACCAGUGCGUGCGGCUGCCCGGCUGUCGUCACGGCACCUGCAGCGGCCCCCUCGAGUGCCGAUGUCGGCCCGGCUGGGCGGGCUUCCUCUGCGAGCGAGCCAUCUGCAGGCAGAACUGCAGCAAGCAGCACGGCUUCUGCGAACAGCCCGGUGUGUGCAGGUGUGAGCUUGGCUGGCACGGUGACCUGUGUGACACCUGUCUGCCGUACCCGGGCUGUGUGAAUGGCAACUGUACCCAGCCCUGGCAGUGUAACUGUCACAGCGGAUGGACCGGCUUCCUCUGCGACAAACCCACGGAACCGUGUCCGGCCGGUAACGACCCCUGCAAGAACGGCGGCACCUGCGAGAUGGUGCUGCAGGACGGCCUGCCGGCACCACGCUGUGUCUGCACCACCGGCUUCAGCGGCGCCACCUGCGAGCUGCAGGACCCUCCGCUGGAGUCCCCGGGCGUGCCCUCCCGCAGCACCUGGGCCAGCCGGUAACCGGACAAAAGAUCGUAAAGCAGAAGAUCGUAUGGCAGAAGAUCGUAGGCAGUUGAUCGUAUGCAAAAUAUCGUAAUGGAUAAAGAUCGUACGACAUAAUGCUCGUAUGGACAAAAGAUCGUAUUCGCUAAAGAUCGUCAAGGAAAAUGAUCGUAUGUCAAAAAGUCGUAAUGGAUAAAGAUCGUACGACAUAAUGAUCGUAUGGACAAAAGAUCGUAUUCGCUAAAGAUCGUCAAGGAAAAUGAUCGUACGCCAAAUGAUCGUAUGAGAUAAAGAUCGUACAGUCAAAA